GCCAUCGUGCACUACUCUUCGCCUUGGCAACCAUGACGGAGCCAUGCACGCUGGGCUACCACAAGAUACGUGGCCUCGGCGCUCCGUGCCGGAUGCUGCUCUGCUUCAGUGGCGAGCCCUUCUACAACAAGGCUUAUGCCGGCGACUUGAAGGAGGAGUGGUUUGCAAAGGACAAGCCGGCGCUCGUGGCUCGCAACUCCUACAUAAACCUCCCGUACGUGAUCGACGGCGACACGGUCGUCACGCAGAGCAACUCUGUCCUCCUCUACCUCGGCAGAAAGCUCGCCAUCGACAAGGACGCGGACUUCUUCGCCAACCACCAGGCGCUUGACCAGUGCAUGGACCUGCGCAACGACCUAAUGAAGAUCGUGUACCCAUUCUCGGGCGUGUGCAAGGACAAGGCCGACUUCCCUGCGGCGCUAGAGAGGCACCUCAAGGGCGCGGCGGGCCACUUUGGCAAGCUCGAACAGGGCGUGCGCGGCCCCUUCCUCUGCGGCGCCGCGCCGCAGAGCGCUGACUUCCACCUCUUCGAGAUGGUCGACCAGCACCUGGCCAUGGUCGACCAGACCGACGGCGUCGACUUCGACUUUGCAGCCUUCCCCAAGCUCGCCGCGCUGCACGCCGCCAUGAAGGCGCUGCCCGAGCUCGCGACCUACUUCAAGUCUCCGAUGUACACCAGCUGGGCCUUCAAUAACGCCAUGUUCACCCACUUCCUCGGCGCUGGCUACGGCGACGGCCCCUACGGAACGACCUCAAACGAGCUCUUUGACCCGAAGGCGUAGGCGCCGCGCGGGGAUCCAGCAGAGCCGCACUUGGAUAGCACGUCAGCCACCGGGUCUGGUACUCGCUCAGACCUCUCGCAUAUGUGGGGACCCGAGCACACACUGCUCACUGGUGUGAAUACGAUAUACGUCCCGAACCCACACUUGGCUCUUGGGGCCCAGAGCAUAUGUUGCAUGCGGAUUGUGCGCGCCCGACGGAGGACGGCGAGCGUGCAGUCCGUUGUCGGAGCCGCAGCCGGUCGCAGGCUUAUAUGUGCACCACGCGUUAUUUCC